AUGGUGCCCCGUGGUAUCGCCACGGUGUCAGCCGGGCUGGUAACCGUCGCUGCGCUCGCACCUCUCCUGGCGUUGGCAACGGUCCACACCGCGUCCCAGCCUUCGCCGUCGGCCGUGGAAGACCCGGAGUCCGCUAUCUUCCGUGAAGAUGUAUGCCACUCGGACUCACACGCACCCCGCUCAAUUGGCGAUGACGAUGUCCAGAGCGGUGCCGGCCUUACCGGUACGUGGCGUGGUGAGGAACAGGCGUCACCAGCAUAUGCCGACGGGUACCACGCGAUUGUAUCGUCUAAGGACCCCGACCAGUUACCCAGUUUUGAGGGCGGCGGCGGCAGAUCCGAUCAUGGAGAAGCAAGCAGGGAAGGCAACCACGUCCAGAUCACCAAGCUCACGUUGCGGCAGCGGAGGGGCCGGGCGCUAAGGCUGAUCGACAACGCCACUGAAUCGUAUGUUGUGGAUGGGCAUCGGCAACCGCUGGAUUCCUCUCACCGCGAAGCGUUGCUACUGCCCGCCAUCCAGGGCUCCAGGCUGCUGUCGAAAGGCGACUUUGUCGAUUCUAUGUGUUCAUCCCGGGGCACGGAAUCGGAAUGCGUAACCAUCUACACACCUCUAGCCGCCAGCCGAGCGCGAGGCCAUGCGCUGCACAUAUAG